CAACGCGGGGUUUCUUUCUUGAGCAAAGCAGACUCGGUUCUCUUUAAAUAUACGAGUCAAUACAGAUAGGCACAGUUGAUUCAACGCGCGCGGAGUCCCGCAAAUUCCACUGUUACGUGUUAUUUGACAUGGCAGGUAAGGCUGCAGCGGUGCACCGUAGAGCGUCUUAUCUCGUCAAUGUGAUCUUUGCGAGACGCAAACAUGUUGCUUGCCCUAUCGACAGCGCGCGCGCGCGGUCACACAAUGGUAAGCGGGUGGCUGUCGAAAAGCAGCGGGUGACUGUCGAAAAGCAGCGGGUGGCUGUCGAAAAGCAGCGGGUGGCUGUCGAAAAGCAGGGCGAGUGCCUGAAGGAUGGCCGGCAUUGUGGCUCAGCAAAAGGUCGCGAGGGAUCGACUGCUGUUUUCGUGUCGAAAUCCACUUGCACCCCCGCAAUGAGCACGCACGCACUUAAAACCCCCUUGUCCGUCCGUCUCUCUGUGGUCUGCCUGCCAGCCUCUUCCCGGCGCGCGUUGAAACAGUCUGCGCCUUACUCGCCGCGGGAGAGCAGGUAUUCCGUAUUGCUAGUGGAACUAGAGGGUCUAUUGACCACUUUUGCCCCGUGCAACCGGCGGAGUCGGGCAGAACCCGGGUGGUGGGUUUCCGAUUUUCGGGAAGCACAAGACAAGACACCACCACACCACAGGGAACACGGCUGGACUGGCAGCGAAAUAGAGUGCAACUUUAUCGUCCUUUUCUUCGCCUCCGCCGGCUGCCGAGAGUCGCAGCUCUUGAGGGGAAGAGGGAAUCUGACCCGGCAUGUGCUAUCUGCUCAUUAGACCUGUUAUCUUGCUCGACUCUGCAUCGUAGUGAGCUUCCCGAUUGGCGGCAGGGAUGGGUUAGGCGUCAGCGGCUAUGGCUAAAUUGCCGUGUUGGAUGCAGAGGUGCGUCGAUGCCUUCAACUAGGAACCCGGCCAGACUGAGAAUCCGAGGCGUCUGUCCCUCUAAUUGUGAAUUACGAAACUGCGGGAU